UGCGCCUUGACGACAGCUUCCUGUUGGUACUUCCCCUCCACGCCGCAAGGCUCGCUUGUCUUCCUGUAAGGGCUCGCUAUACUGUGAGGUCUUUGUAUAGAGAACUCCCCGACUCCGAAGCCGUUCCGCCGCAUCAGUUCCCUGGCGUCCGACCAUUCAUCCGACCAACCGCCGAGGCCACAAACACGGCCCUCACGAGCCUCGCUCUCGAACACCUCCUACGAGUGCUAUAGAUAUACAUACGACUUAUAAUUAUUUGUGAUCUGGUAGCGACAAAGAGGAAGAAACCUAUCAGCCUUGUAUUCAGGCACAUGGCUGGCUAGGGUGAAGAAAAAAAACUUAUAGGGUGCGGGUACAAAUUGACGCCGAUUGAGGUGUGCAUGGGACAAUACUUAUCUAUUCACAAGACCGAAAUAGUAAGUGAAUAAGCUUGUCCUGAAUAUGCUAUUGUUCAACACCUGCGUUCGUCAAUGGGAGGUCUACGAAGUAUUCAACCCAACAACAUCAUGGCUAUGUUUAUGUUUGAGCGUUUCCUUUCAUUUUGGUAUACCUGUUCGCGAGAAACCUGCGCAGUUUCGCACUGGGCUUUCAGAAAUCCGGCAAGAUGGGUCCCCCAAGAGCAGAUUCUAGUCUUUCUACCAAUAGUGUUCUCGACGUGGACUUGUGGAAACGUUUCUACAAAGAUGAAGACAUCACGGCUGACGCACCGCCCCCAGAACGAAAACCACCCGCAAUGGCAACCUCGAAGACUAUGACGGUGUCUCCCUCUGAAACAGAGCAGGCGAUAUCCUACCUCUUGGAGCAAUCCAUAGAGAGCAUUUUGCAUGAUAUUCUUCUGGAUAUCCACCAAGAAGAAAAGAUUGCUAGGAUGCAAACGGCUGUUGUUGAAGUUGAGCAGCGCGCCGAAAAGUUAGGAAAGAAACCUUUUGAGGACGAUCCAAAUGGACAAGUCGAUGAUUCUAGUGAUCCCGUCGAAACAGAUGCCGCCGUGCUACAAGGUUCACAGGUCCAAUUCAAGGGCAACCCGAUGAAGACAGUCAAACACAUCAGAUGUCCAAAUUGUCGUUUGCGGAGACUUCUCUAUCCAAGGGUGGGCUUCAAUUCUCGGCCGGUCCCAGAUGCGAAUGAACAGUAUUGCAAGACCGAGCCCAUGAUCAUCAUCGACAAGCACGAUGUCCAUGGCCAACGUAAGAAAGGCGUCAAAAUGAAAGGACAAGCCAAGGGCAAAGGCAAGGGAAAGAAGAAUGAUCCGGCGUCACCAGCCUCGGAAAACUCGGACCCUCUUACGCCUUCGUCAGGCCAACCCAACGACUCUUUCGAAUUCAAAGAAAUCGACUAUCCCGCCGCCAAGUGUCCCAACAGAGAAUCCCACCUGGGUGACCACUGGAAGUCGGUCAAUGUAUUUGCCACACAUCUCAACGGAAGCUGCUUCCUGAAGAAAGACCGCGCUGCUGGCCGAGAGGCAAAUGCCAAAAUCGGUGGUACUCCACGAGACAGUCGUGCCAACUCGCCCAAGCCAACCGCCAACGGCACCAAACGUAAGGCGGACGACGAUAAUACUGGCAGCACCAAGAAGAAGCAAAAGACCGCAGCCGAGAUCAAGAGGGACAAGAAAGCCGGCACUGGUCCCAGUAAAUUGCGGGAAACGAACAAUGUGGACGACCAGGACGACGAGAGUCCGUCGAAAGAUACAAACGGGGACACGAUUCAAGUUACGCCGACGAAGAAUGCACGGGACGCCAGUAACGAACCUACACUGAAGCUCAAGAUAAAAACUGGGGCCGGAGAUGGGACAGAGAAGAAAAAGCCGGGCAAACAGGCGAAUUCGGGGAAAAAGGGAUAAAACUCCCCCGCCAUGAGUAGGUCUGCCUUGCGACAGUUGGCAAACGGGAUGAAGGGCAGCAUGUCAAAAACGGAAUCUACUUACGCAUUUUCUCACGGAUUUGUGAUGGAGGAAGGCGUGUCAUUCGUACGGGAGUGUACAAUAAAUAUCAGGUACUGGGGUACUUUGUGGGAUUGGACUUUGCAUAGCAUUCGGCGUUCAGACAGGCUCAGAUCCGAAUGGGAGAGAAACGUUUCACGGUAUGGUAUGGGCCUGGCCGACAGCAAAGGUCUGUCUGUACUGGCCCAAAAGACAGACCACAGGUUUACAGAUCAAUGAUAAUCUAGUUGACCUUCGAAGAAAUUUUCUCCGUCUGCCCAUGCAGGACUUCAACAGUUUCAGAAUUUUAAUUUAGCUUCGACGAUGUU